AUGGAGACAGCAGACGGUGCGGUCCAUCUACGGCAACUUCCGAGAAGCUCAGACAAUCUCCGAGACGCACCUGAAUACACUAGACACGAUUCCUCGUCCGGGUCUUCCCCGCUACAUGAUGAGGAGCUUCCAUCAUAUAGCCAGGCGCGGUCAACAGGACAAAUUCUAGGACGAGGGCACAGUACUUUGCUUCAUCGAUCGGCCUGGGUAUCUGUAUUCACGAUCAUUUACGUGGGACUCGUCCUCUAUGUCUGGGCCAUGACUACUAUACUGUCAAUCCGCCCCUUAAAAGACAAGACCUGGGCGUACUCGUUUGAAACCUCACGCUCCAAUUAUUACUAUGAAGCAGAUUUCGAUCAAGAGAGAAAGAUCUAUCGCUCUAUGCGGACUAUUCAGACCUUUAUUCAAGUUGUUACUCUUCCCUGGAUUUCCACAGUGUGUGCUAGUGCCGCUGUAAUCUAUGCGCAGAAUCAAAAGGAUCCUAUGGGCCUUCGGCUACGCCAAGUCACAACGUUGGCUGACCGCAGGUGGAUGGACUUUUCUUUGUAUCCAGCACUGAUGUACGGGAAAUGGAGGCAAUACGGUAGCACGCUACUGGCCACCGCAAUCUUCAUCUGGGUAUUUGGUCUCAUCAUAUUUCCCAUCCAGUCGGUCUUUCUCAGUUCACAGUCUGUCAAAGUCCGGACUUUGCCCCAACAGAGUGCCACUAUCUAUGACUUCAGCCCACGUGGUUCUUCGUAUCCAACAUCGUACAAUACCGGCAAGGACGUGUUGAAAGUCCGCAAUGCCCUGAACAAAGCGAAUGGCGAUAUCUACCAACCUAACCUGUGGAGUAACAACAGUGGAGUUCAUUUCUUGACUCUCAACGAUCUGUCUUCUCAGACGUACUACUCCCAGGUCCCGAGUGGUUUCAAUACAGGAUUGAUUCGUCAAUUUUCUCCACGUGUGAACUCUACAGCUACGUAUGAGACCAUAGGAGCGUCUGAUUUCCCGGUGGACUGCAGUUCACGCCCAGGGGCAUUUUAUGCCGACUAUUCAUCUUCGUACUCGCGGCGCACUUCUUCUACUUCAAGUUAUUCUUGGGGUGUCACUGCAUGCAUGCCAGCAAAUAUGACGAAAUCUCCUUGGCAGAUGGCACGUAGCCGGCAGGAUUUCUCUGAGGUUCUCUAUCUCAACAUGACACAAGAAGAGUACCGCUCAGGACAUUCUCUUCAAUCUCUUUUCCAGGUCACUGUCAACACCACGGCUGGCUUCUUUGAAUUACCCAACUAUAUGAACAAGGGUGUACCCGGUCCCUUACUGGACCAAGACCCAGUGGAACUUUGUGACCAGCACUGUUUAUACCAAUUCAACACAUUCUAUUCGGGGAGCUAUUACCGCCGUGAUGGGGUCACAGUGGAAGGCACUCUCAAAGCCGCAUCGCUUGGCCCCAUCUCAACAGACCACAAAGGACCGUUGUUAUCGGCCGCCCUGGCAAGCUUCGGCCCUGGCUCUUUUAUCGACACAUUCAUUGCAACCGCCGCAGCCCUUGAAGCAGACGACAAAGUUACAGACGAAGUGUCGUCAAACUUGAGAUCUGCCUGCGUUGCGAACCCCGCACUCACCAAUCUGUUCGGGGUUUCCCCUCUGGAGUGCGCGUCUGCUGGGAUCGACCUAGAUGGCAACUGGUACCCUGUUGGGUCACAGAUUGCGCAAUGGAUUAGUCUGUUCCAAAAAGACGCGGAGUCAAUUCCGAAAGCCUUCACAUCAGCGGCUUUCCUUGCCAAUCAGGAAUUCCUUUCCAGUCAGAGGGGCAAAUGGUCUAUCGCCCAUGAUUUAGGCGCCGAUAUGGAUCUUCCAUCAAUUUCUCCCGCGGGAAUCAUCGUAGUCUCCAUCUUGAUGGCACUUUAUUUGCUUCCGCUGUUAGCUUUAUCACUCUACGCAGGUCUUUCCUAUCGAUGGACCGAAAGAUUGGAUUCCUUUGUGAUGCUGCGAUUUGGCGCCUUUGCUGGUGAUAAGAUCUUUCCUUUGCUCAUUGGACGCAAGAGUGAUAAAGUUGAUGAGAUGGACGAGAUGUCUGGUGUUGUUCGGGAUGUGGCAACAUACCCAGGCGACGAGGCUAUUAAGAUUGGGAGGUUGGGCUUCGGCGAAGGCAGCAAGUUGCGAGAAGGCCGUCGCUACGAGUGCUUCCAAGGGACGACGAGCCAUUGA